ACUGGAGCAUCGAGUUUAUCAUAUUAGAAAGCAGAGGUGACAUCGAAGUGGUAGAUUUGAUAGUCAUGGAAUGCGCGUAUGGCUGCGAAAGUACGGAUAGCAGUAGCAGCGGCGGCCGGAGUAUAUGUAUCCGUAUAGCUGUCGCCAUACUCCUGUUCGUCGCCGCGAGUCACCAUGCAAGCUUUAUAUCUAGUCAGACCGCCGUGUUCGUCAUGUCUGAUCGCAAAAACACAUUCACUGUGAAUAACUUUAGCCGAGUGGGGAGCUUCCGAGAUAGAGAUUGUGGUAGCCAGUUCCUUACGAAUGUGAUUCUGUCUUUCGGUCUCGAUAGCAUCUUUCCAGUGGGUCCAGUUUCUAUGGACUUGAUAGUACCAUCUAGACCCAUCGGGAUGCCGAGCAUCAGGGAUGCCGAGCGGAAAAUAGUAUUGAGCGGAGAUGUGGCAUCUAUGUAUAGCGAGGGGUGGAUGGGGGAAGACCAGGGCAUACCUUUAAAGGUGGUGAAGUGUGGGAUGUAG